AUGGCCGCGUUACAAGUUCCUGGGCUAUCUGAAAAUGUUCACCUUCAUUUGGUGAUUGCCAGCCUUCACGGAUCUUCCAAGUUGGCCAAGUCCGUCUACAAAGAUCCUAUACGAACUCUAGUUGAGUUCACUACUCGUUCCAAAAAAUACUUGGAGCUCGAACAGAUGGAAGUGGAAGACACGGACCCAAGGCCGCACCAAAGCCAGGUAGAAAAACCUGGAAACCGAAGGCAAAAUGAUUUCCGGGGUAAAAAACCCGAAGAGAAAAAUUUAUCCAAAAUAAGAUUUGACAGGUAUACGCCUUUAAAUUCCUCUCGAUCCCAAAUCUGGAGGGAAGUGGCAUCCACCGAGAUGAAAAGGGUGGAUAGACCUCGGCCACUACUGAAUCAAGCUGGGCUUGAUCACUCACGAUAUUGCGUGUUCCAUGAUGGUCCUGGCCAUACAACCGACGAGUGUUGGGAUCUCAGAGAUGCAAUCGAAAGAUAUAUCAGGGAGGGAAAAUUACGUCAGUAUCUCAACCGAACUCAAGGAUGGAAGAACAAUAAGAAGAGGAAAGGAGGAUGGCCGAUGAGCCCAAACAGAGAGAAGAGGAAAGGAGGAUGGCCGAUGAGCCCAAACAGAGAGAAGAGGUUCAAGGAUGAAUUCCGAGGUAAGAAGUCGGCCAAAGAAGACGAUGAAUUUGUGGAGCCCGAGUUCGAGUGCAAUGUUAUUAGUGGAGGAUUUGGUGGUGGAGGUGAUACGAUGAACGCCAGAAGAAAAUACUUAAGAGAGGUGCUUUCGAUUCGAGAGCGGCCUAAGUUUAAGUUAGAAGAGCCAGAGGAACCACGAUUGUUCUUUACAAAAGCAGAGUUGGAAGAUGGCAUGCCGGGACAUGUUGACGGGUUAGACAUCACUGGGACACUAGUUAAUUGUAAAGUCAACAAAAUGUUCGUGGAUAACGGCAGUUGUGCCGACAUAAUUCUAUGGCAGGCAUUCCAGAAAAUGAACUUGGAUGUAGAGGAUUUGAGGCCCUGCAACACGGCUCUGAUGGCUUUUAAUGGUUGCGACACCAUUUCGAAGGGGUAUAUUGAUCUGAGACUCACCAUGGGAACAAAAGAGGCUUACAAGUCAGAAAGAGUAAGAUUCAUUGUCGCCGACUUCCCAUCGGAGUAUAACGUAAUUUUGGGAAGACCAACAAUUCACGGUUGGGAUAUGCUGGUCUCCACUAAGCAUCAGAAGAUUAAAAUGAUAGGUAAGCAGAAUACGGUUAUUACCAUUCAGGGGGAUCAAAAAGAAUCACGGGACUGUUAUUUUAAGUCAGUCAAAACAAUAAGCAGCAAACACAAGGAAUCAGCCGGUUUGAACACCAGCAAUAAACCGGAAACCUCCAAAAAGGUAGUUACACCGGUAAAUAUGGUGGAGCUGGACAUGAGGGGUGAAACUCAGAUUCCAAGACCGGAACCAGAGGGGGAGUUGGAGGAAGUAGUUAUCGGAGAAGAAACUCAAAUUGCCAAGGUCGAAAAAGGGUUGAUUGAUGAGGACAAAGUUCGAAUUACUGAGUGCUUAAGAAGGAAUGUGGAUGUUUUCGCUUGGAAGUCCUCAGAGAUACUUGGGGUGGACCCUCAGUUCUGCUGUCAUAAGCUUGCAGUAUUCCCAGGGUCCAAGCCGGUAGCCCAGAAGAAAAGGAAGCUCAGUACGGAACGUCGUCAAGUGUUAGAAGAUCAUGUAAAUGAGUUAUUGGAAGUAGGAUUCAUCAGAGAGAUACAAUAUACAACCUGGCUGUCAAAUGUGGUCAUGGUGAAAAAGCCAAAUGGGAAAUGGAGGGUGUGCACAGAUUAUACUGACCUGAAUAAGGUAUGUCCCAAGGAUGCAUAUCCCAUGCCCAACAUUGAUCAGUUAGUGGAUAACUCAUCCGGGUUCCAGAUGAUGUCCUUCAUGGAUGCAUAUUCGGGAUACAAUCAGAUCCCGUUGCACCCAGAAGAUCAGGAAAAGACCGCUUUCAUAGGAGAAAAGGCAAACUAUUAUUACAAUGUGAUGCCUUUUGGAUUGAAGAAUUCAGGAGCCACUUACCAAAGGAUGAUGAAUCGGGUAUUUGCUGACCAGCUUGGCAAGAACGUGGAGGUAUAUAUAGAUGACAUAAUAGUCAAACCAAUUGAUUCAGUAACGCAUGUUCAAGACCUGGAGCAGACCUUUGAAAAAUUACGGCAGCACAACAUUCGGCUAAACCCGGCUAAAUGUGCCUUUGGAGUCCUUGCAGGGAAGUUCCUAAGAUUCAUGCUGACCCACCGAGGUAUAGAAGCCAACCCGGACAAGUGCAGAGUCGUGUUAGAAAUGAAGACCCCGGGGAAUAAAAAGGAAAUCCAGCAGUUGACUGGGAGGUUAGCCUCUCUCACUAGGUUUUUACCUCGGUCUGCAGAAACCGCGUUACCAUUUUUCAAGCUGUUGCGAAAGGAGGUGCAAUAUGGUUGGACUUCAAAAUGUGAAGUAGCAUUCCAAGAGAUCAAAAAACAACUGGCAUCACCACCAGUCCUAUCUAGCCCCAGAGAAGGAGAACCAUUGAUAAUGUAUCUUUCAGUGGGAGAUAUGGUUGUUAGCUCGGUUUUGGUUCAAGAAAAGGAUGAGGGGCAGCAACCAAUCUACUUUGUAAGUCGGCUCUUACAAGGAGCAGAACUUCGCUACCAGAAGUUAGAAAAAGUGGCUUUCGCCCUUCUAAUCUCGGCUCGAAGGCUUAGAGCGUACUUUCAAGGGCACCAGGUUGUAAUUCGUUCGGACUUGCCAAUACGGCAGAUCUUACAUAAACCUGACUUAGCAGGGAGAAUGAUGGCUUGGGAUGUGAAGCUAUCGGAGUUUGACAUAUCCUUUGAAAGCCGAAAAGCAAUUAAGUCUCAAGCAUUGGCAGACUUUGUUAGGGAGCUUACUUCAAUCCAAAAGGAGAGCCCAGCAAAGCCAAACACUUGGAAAAUUUAUGUGGACAGGUCCUCGAACUCUAAAGGGAGUGGAGCCGGGGUAAUUGUUGAGAACCCGGAAGGAAUCUCGGUUGAAUAUUCUCUGCAGAUGAAAUUUGAAACAUCCAACAACCAAGCGGAGUAUGAAGCAUUCAUCGCCGGGCUGCAGCAGGCCAAAGAGCUCGGAGCAAAAAAGCUGCAAAUCUUUAGUGACUCGCAAUUGGUCACUUCGCAAGUCGGAGGAAGCUACCAAGCUAAAGGACCAUUGCUAGCAAAAUACCUAGAUUCUGCAAGGCAGUUAAUGGCGGAGUUCGAAGAGGUAGAAGUUCGCCACAUCCCACGAAAUGAAAAUGGCAGGGCCGACAUAUUGUUGAAGCUGGAAAGUACCAAAGGAUGGGGAAACCACAGGACGGUGGUGGAACAGAAUAUCCUGGAACCCACAUGUAUCAUGCAGAUAUCUAAGAGCAGGGAUUGGCGUAGCACCAUUAUCAAUUACAUAGAAAACGGAACGCUCCCAUCCUAA